UUGUUAUCGAUAAGCGACUUAUCGUCUCCACUGAAAAUAUUCUACGGCUGUGAUAAAAACACAAACUUUCCGGUCCUCAUCACAAUGGCUAAAGCAAGAGUCCAGUCAAAGCACUCUCGUGCGGCCCGCCGGGCAGCAUCGCCGAGUCUCGACGUCGACAAGUCUUUAACCACCCUUCCCCGUGCCGAAGAUACCGUGAUACAGCGUGAAUCCAUCCUUUCCGAUCGCGCAAAUGCCGGUGUGUCCAAGAGGAAAUCGAAAACGAAAGCCCUGUCAAAGGCGCAGCGUGCUAGGCAGCAGAAGGGUAUCGAAAGAGCAGAGAAUAUCAUGGAUCAACUAGAGACGAAAGUGGAGAAGAGUCUCAAGCGGGGGAAGACUGUGAAAGCACGUAGGGCUGAGUGGGAAGACCUGAAUCGCAAGUCGGGGGCGACCAUGUUUCAGAACCUCAACGACGAGGCCGAUAAUGAUGACGAUGACGCUAUGGCUGAUGUUUCCGCGGCCCCUAAGAAAACAAAGCCGCAGCCGCAACCCACAUACGUGGCUCAAAACCCGGCGGUCGACCAACACGCAGACAUUGACGUGGACGAUGAUAUCAGCUGAGAUGUCACAGCGACAGUGCAAAGGAGAUACCAGGCUGGUCACGGCAACUAUUUCCUUGGCCUAAGCUGGUUGAUCAUUCGAUCAAUGUCAGCGACAGCUGGCCCCGAAGCUCUUGUCCGGAGGAGCUCCAGGGUAUUGAAGUCUUUGGCCCUGAAGGCUUCCUCCCCGGCUUUCACGAUCAUUCCACAUUUCACCCACAUUUCCACCUUGUCUUCGACUGGUAAAUUGGUGCAUUUGGGGACGAAAAACGAAGCGAGUUUCGUGUUUCCAGCACCUAGUAUCUCGUCAUAGAAAGGCU